ACAGGAGCAGAACACCCAUAUACAGUGUCCUCAUGGUGACGGAGGAGCUGGCGGUCGCUGCCCCUGCCAUGGAGAGUAUAUUGCCGCAGCUUCUCUCCCCAUCUCGCCAGGAGGUGCAGCAAUGUGUAGAAUAUCUGAUGAGUGAGGUGCAGAGUCGCUGUGAGGAACUGGUGGAGAAUUUGGUGAAAGACACGAGGUGUAGUCAAUACUUAGCCGCUUUAUGCAGCCAGCUGGAGACACCCAAUGUCCGGUUAUGUAGUAACAUUGCCUAUAUUCUGGGGACAGUGGCAGAAGACCCUGCGGUGGCUGAAAUGCUGGUGGAUCUAGCAGAAGGAGCAUCAGAAUGGGAUCUGCUGGGGAGACUGGGGGCUAUACUGUUAUGGAAUGAUGCAGAAGCUGUUAUGAAUGCUGCUGGAGCCCUGGGAACGCUGGCGGAGAAUGGCAGUGGGAGGCGAUGGCUGCUCUCCUCUCCAGAUUCUGACUUCAUCAUUGAAAAUAUAACGAACCUCCUGGACUCCCCCAGUGAUUGGACAUCCAGUAACUGUGCCCUGGUGCUUGCACGCAUCUCUAUGUGCCACGAAGGCUGCUCCCGACUUCUGAAUCACCCAAAAUCGGACAUGAUAUUGAGGAAAAUCAUUACAUCACUACAUGUAGAUGAAGCAGGCUGUGGACUGAAUGCAGCAUUUACUCUGGGACGUCUGUGUGACUCUGACCCUGGGAGGAGACAGGUGAUGAGCCUGCCGGAAGCUGACAGGAUGGUCUCUGCACUAAAUGCCAUGAUGUCUGGAGGAGAUGCCGGAGGGAGUCGGAAUGCCUGUUUUGCCCUCACUUGCCUAGCUACAAGCCAGGCUGGCCACCAGCAUGUCCUAAAAAGCGAAUGCUUUCCCCACGUUUUGGAUACCCUCUGUCACCUUGUGCAAUCUGUAGAACAGGAGUCCUGCUGGUUUGCAGCUAUAACCAUAAAAAUCCUAUCCAAGUAUCCCUCUGGUGUAGUGCGACUUCGUCAGCAUUCUUCUCUGGAGGCAGUCCUUAAGAAUGUUGCAGCAUCACAUACAGCUGGAACGGAGUUGUUGGAAGAAGUGGAGAUGACUUUACAUAACCUCCAACGCCUCCCUCGGCCUGCUGCUCCUAUAGCAAAGAUCCUGGAGUCUGGCUCUGUAAUGGUGGUUUGGCAGGAAUAUAAUCCCCGAAGCGGACUUCCCAUCACGUAUAGUCUCUUUGAUGGCGAUACACUCCUCUACCAGGGACCUUCUUUCUCCUAUGUUAUCCCACACUGCAAACCUGGACAGCACCAUCUUAAACUAGUCAUGGAAACAGAAGGGGAUCGUAGUCCAGACAGUCCCAUCACCACUGUGACAGUGAUGGAGCCAUUGCCUGGAUGCCCAGCAGAAUUUCAAGCUGUAGGUCGCACAGCCACCAAGGUGAAGCUAAGCUGGAACCCACCACUAGACUCCAGCACAUACGUUAAAUAUUAUGCAGUGUAUCGAGAGGACUUCCUGGUGGAGACCACAACUGACCACACCUGUAUUGUGACAGGUCUGUCUCCUUCCACUAGUUAUACAUUCAGUGUUUGCGCCUGCAAUACCAGAGACCAGAGCCCAAAGGUCACAUUGGUAACAAGGACAUUGGACAGAGGCAAUCAAGCUCCAGACAGACUGACAGUGUACGUUAUAGGUCGGAGUGAAUUGUUUAUCACAUGGGAAGUCCCCAAAGAUCCUAUUGGUAGAUUUUUCAACUAUGAACUGAGCAUGAAUGGGAAGUCAGUGUACCUUGGUACAGAGCGUUCCUAUACAGCCCGCCGCCUUACCCCAAACACUGAAUACACCUGCAUUGUCUGUGCCAUCACCAGCGAAGGUCGCUACGAUAGCCGGCCUAUCACCAAACGCACUGCCAAGGAUGAAUACAGCAAUCUGAACAAGUAUGGAUCAUUUCUUUAUGCAAUUGCUGACCAUGCAUGGAUAAUUGUCACAUCAAGAACAAUGGGCAAUCAAGGGUUUGCCCAUCAUUUCUUUAACCAGUUCUACCACGACACUUACAUCUUGGCUGAUGUGUGUGCUGGAACCAUCCACUUUUCUACAUAA